GACCCGGGAGAAGGAGCUGUCCGCCGGGACGGAGGAGCCAUAAAGAGCCGGGGAGGGAGGGGAAGAGCUUUCUCGCUGCCCAAUCCCCCUCCUCCCCCGGGAGCCGCCGCCGCGCACGGUCCGUCCCUCCCUCUUGUUUGCUAAUCAUUUCAUUUUACUCCUUUUUGAAGCGCGGGCUUGUUUUUUUUAUCCCACUUUUCAUUUUUGCUCAAUCCACGGUGGCUCGUCUCCUCUGAUCCCCGGCUCUCCUCGCUCCGCUCUCCCGGCUCCGACUCUCCGGCUCCCGGCUCCUCUGAGAUGCUCUGCCCGCUCCGCGCUCCUCUCUCCGCCCUCUUUUAACUUCACUCACGGAGCUUGAACCGGGCUGCAGCGAGCAGGGGAUCUAAAACCAGCCCGGAGAAACCCACAGGGAUCCGGGGCUCUUCUCUGGAUCAGGACCCGCUACUUUGGGGAAAGUCGCUCGCGUGUCCCCCCCUCACCCCUGCUCCUCCCUCCUUCCUCCUCGCUGCUCCUCUCCACCUUAAUCCAGGUGGUGCCGGGCUGGUUUGAGUGGCUGCUACCGGGAGGAUUACUCUUCUUCUUCUUCUUCCUUGUUCCUGGUGAAGAGCUCCCAGAAGGACACUUUGAUGUUCUCCAUCCAGGACAGCCUCCCCCGGGGGGCCCUGACCAUGAAGGAGGAGCCGCUCCCCACCGGCAUGACCCCGGUCCGCUCCUGGAUGCAGGGCGCAGGGAUUUUGGACGCGAACACAGCGGCCCAGAGUGGAGUGGGUUUAGCCCGAGCUCACUUUGAGAAGCAGCCACCGUCCAACCUGAGGAAGUCCAACUUCUUCCACUUCGUGCUGGCGCUGUACGACCGACAGGGUCAGCCGGUCGAGAUCGAGAGGACGUCCUAUGUGGACUUUGUGGAGAAAGACAAGGAGUACAACGGAGAGAAGACUAACAAUGGAAUCCACUACAGGCUACAGCUCCUCUACAGCAACGGCAUCAGGACAGAACAGGAUAUUUACGUUCGACUCAUCGACUCCAUGACCAAACAGGCGAUCCUGUACGAAGGGCAAGACAAGAACCCGGAGAUGUGCCGCGUCCUCCUCACCCACGAGAUCAUGUGCAGUCGCUGUUGUGACAAGAAAAGCUGCGGAAAUCGCAACGAGACGCCGUCUGACCCCGUGAUCAUCGACAGAUUCUUCCUGAAGUUCUUCCUCAAGUGCAACCAGAACUGUUUGAAAAACGCAGGGAAUCCUCGAGACAUGAGGAGAUUUCAGGUGGUGGUUUCCACCACGAUCAACGUGGACGGUCACGUGUUAUCCGUGUCAGACAACAUGUUCGUCCACAACAACUCCAAACAUGGCCGCCGCGCCCGCCGCCUGGACCCUUCUGAAGCAGCCACGCCCUGCAUCAAAGCCAUCAGUCCGAGCGAGGGCUGGACGACAGGCGGAGCCACCGUCAUCCUCAUCGGGGACAACUUCUUCGACGGCCUGCAGGUCGUCUUCGGCACCAUGCUGGUGUGGAGCGAGCUGAUAACCCCUCACGCCAUCCGGGUCCAGACUCCCCCUCGACACAUCCCCGGGGUCGUGGAGGUCACGCUCUCCUACAAGUCCAAACAGUUCUGCAAAGGAGCGCCGGGCCGCUUCGUCUACACCGGUGAGUCUGAAAAACAACACGUCGACUCGUUAAUUAACCAUUCGUCUGACGGAGAGAGGACUCGUCCUUCAGACUCUCCGUCAGUCGUCCACGCUCUGUGCGACGGCGCCUUAUCUGUCUCUGAAAUCACUGCGUCUACUGUCCCCGAUUAUUCCGAGGUGCUGUUGAAGCGAGCAGCCGACCUGGUGGAGGCGCUGAGGAUGCCACACAACAACCAGGAGAUCAUCCUGAAGCGAGCGGCCGACCUCACGGAGGCGCUCUACAGCGUCCCCCGCAGUCACAACCAGCUGCCGUCUCUCACCGGCUCGUCCGCUCACUCAGGGAUGAUGGGCGUGAACUCGUUCAGCAGUCAGCUCGCCGUCAACAUCUCCGAGGCCUCGCAGGCCGACCAGGGUUACUCCCGUAACUCCAACAGCGUCUCUCCUCGCGGCUACGUGCCGAGCUCCACGCCUCAGCAGUCCAACUACAACACCAUCACGUCCACCAUGAACGGAUACGGAGCGGGGAUGACCAACCUGGGCGUACCUGGAUCCCCCAGCUUCCUCAACGGCUCCUCCGCCAACUCUGCUUACGCAAUCAAACAGAAGAGCGCCUUCGCCCCCGUCGUGCGGCCACAGACCUCCCCGCCCCCCACCUGCACCACCACCAAUGGCAGCAACCUCCAGGCCAUGGCCGGUCUCAUCGUCCCGCCCAUGUGAGGAUGAUACAGUCUGACUCCUCCCCUCCCAACCCAGCGCUGAUGGCCCCGCCCACCUGAAACACCACCGCUAACAGCGAGAAAUCCUCCCCAUCAUCCCUCACUCCGACCCCCGAUCCAGGAUCGACCACACGAAGAAAACCAGAGCCCCGACUCUUCACCUGUCGCCUCGGCAACAACAGCAUCAAACCCGUUCUGUUUUCUGAUGAUGGACGUAGAGGCCACGCCCCCUCAGUGGAGGUUUGAGGACAGGAAUGUGAACUGUGGGCGGAGCGGGGGCGGGGCGUGCAGUAUCAUUUAACAGGUUAGUUUGAGUCGUGGGCGGAGUUUAACCACUGUGAGACGGGAAGGAGGCGUGUCCACUGGGAGCUUCACAUUUAAAGGGCCAUUCCACAGUUUCUAUAUUUGAAAUCUUUUAUUUUCAGUCACACUGAACAUGAGUUCAAAUUUAAAUCUGAAACCAGAACGUCGUCUGAUCCAGACUCUUUAAAACCGACUCAAACAUUUAACCUGACGUGAAACUACAUUUGUUUAAUUUCAUCUGGAAACGAAGAAACGCACCAAAGAAACACAGAAAAAUAUAAAACCAGUCGGAAACAAAUGUUCUUCAACUGAAUAUUAACAAUUCACAUUAUUCAUAUGAUAUCGAUUCAUUGCUGAACCUGAGUCGGACCGAGUCCAGAAACCAGGAGGAAACGUUUUCCUUUUCAAAUCUGGAAAAUAAAAACCAUCAGAUGGUUUCCAGAAAUUAAUCUGAGAUCCUGAACCUUUUCCCCACAAACCCAGAAGUUUUCAUGUUUGUGUUUCAUCCUCUGAAAAGAAGGAAACUUUUCUAAGAUAAAUAAAAGAAUGAACAGACGAGUUUUCUUUCAUUCUCACGUUUACUUUCGACGUCUCUGGUUCUUGAAUCAGUUCGUUGGUUCUGUUCCGCAGCCGUCGAGUCGUAGAACCAGAAAAGCUUCAACACUUUUAUUCACAUUAAGGUUCCAGGUUUCUUCUUAUUCCUGAUUGUGCUUAUUUUCUAUGUAUUUAUAAAGUUCCUUUGUGAUUUAGGCCUGAACGAUAGUCUCAGAUAUAUAUGUAAACACAUUUGAUGUCUUAAUACCUUUUAGAUAUUGUAAAAAAAGUGAACAAGUGAGAGGAAUUAACCUUUUUGUAAAAACAAAAAAUACGUCAUGACGUGGUCUCCCUGUUUUGGAAACAGGACGUAAAAAAAAACGCUUUCAUCACUUUUGUAUAAAAAUGCUUUUCCGAUACGAUAUUUAACUUUUUGUAAACAGCAUCAUUUGUGUUUCCCUGGUUCUUCUUGUCCUUUGUGUAUUAUUGUGAAAUGUAUAAUCAUGGUUAUUUCUUAAUGCACUAUUUUCGUUGGGGCACUUAAUAAGAGCAAUGCAUCCGAGCAAAAAAUUUAAAAAAGCUACAAGUUUUUUUAAAAAAGAAGAAGAAGGAUAGAACGAUAUGCACCGAGAUGUUUUUUUUUUCUGGCAGAAAUCCUCGUCAUGUGAACGUUUAUAUUUCAGAAGCUUCAUAAUAUUCCAACACUUUUACUUUUGAUGUGUAGAAGACGAUAAUAUUUUAUCCAUUAAUAUGAAACUCAAACCUGCUCGUCGUGUUUUUAAAACCAGGCGAGAUUUUAAAACGAGUCACUGAUCUCAAGGAACCUUCCAUCGAUGUUGUUGUUGAUGGUGCUGUUUUCGUCGUUGCACACAAUCCAGAUCAUUUACUUAUGCAACUGUUUCCUGUUCCGUAACGCCAGCUGGUCGUCCACCAGGGGGACUUCCUGUUUGAUGCCUUACGAUCGACCACCGAGUCUCCGCCGCUGUUUUCAUCCUUUAGCUCUGCAGCGUUUAACCAGAACGUUCCACUCGUCCAGUCGCUCUCCAGUCAAACUGGGAGAGGUUUGAUUUCCUGCACCAAAUAUUCAUCCCUCAGGUUCCACCGACAAAAUACAAAACUAGGUUCAAGUGUCAGACGCAGGUUUUACUGAAGAAUCACUUCUGUAUGACGUAAUUAUGCUUUAGCAUCAUCACCAGAAAUUACAUAAAACAUUUAUAUUUAAAAGAUGUGUAUAUAAAUAAUUAUCACAGCAUCAGUGUCAAAUCAUAAGAAAGAUUCUCAAACUUAUUUUAACAAAUCAAAAUUCCGUUUGUAAAAAUUACCCAAAUUCAGAAAUCACAACAUAAGAUACAUGUUUUAUUUGAAAUGAAAAGAUUUAAAUCUGGACUUAUUUAUUCACAGCAUCGUAAAUAUAGAAUUCAUGAUGACAAUAAAAUCAAACCUGAUCUUUAUGAUAAUUAGAAUUAAUCCACUUCAGUCGUUCAUGUUGUUGUAGAAAUAGUUUUUUUUUCAAACUGUAAAGAAAGAAUCAAGAAUCAUCUGUUUUUCCGUCAUAAAAAACUUCGACGUCUGAAGUUUGAGCUGAUUCAACUCUGACUUUAUGCAAAUUCAGCCGGACGGAGAAGUUGUGUCAGAAGCAGCGACGCGUCCGAACCUGCAGCUCGUCUCCGUCAGCUCGAUGAUCAGAUGUUUUUCGUCUCAGUCGUAGAAAGUUUCUUCUCUCCUGCUUUUCAAAGUUACUUAUGUUUGACUCCAAUGUGAACGAGGGCAGAGGAACUGCAUCUUUGUGAAAUAUGAAAUAUAUCAUCAAAGUAUAUUAAAGCACAAUGUUUAAUUAAUGUCUUUAGAAUACAGACAGGGGGCGACACCUCCACCUUCUUUCUUUUCUGUCUCUGGCCAUGCUGUAAAUAGAUGCAUGUUCUUUUGUUUGGUAUUUUCCUGUGAUCCAGUGCUUUUUGUACAGAAACAGUCUAAUAAAGAUUAAAUUUGGCUUGAA